GUUGCCGUUAUUGACGGCAACUUUCUCUCAUUGGGUGAAAUGACCAAAAUUUGCCUGAGAAAUCUUUGCCCCUAAUUUCUGAAACAUCUGGAAUUCGAUUCUGGCUUUGCUGAAACAACCAACUAUCAUAUGUUGUUUCCCUUUGUCUAUCAUCAUCAUCAUCAUUAGGCUUGUAUUCUGAUUCAUCAAAUUGGUGCAGAAGAUGGGACAUCAUAAGAAAGAAGAUGAAAAGACUGAAAAAGUAAUUCGAGGACUUCUAAAACUUCCCGAAAAUCGAAGAUGCAUCAACUGUAACAUCCUGGGACCGCAAUAUGUCUGUACCACAUUCUCGACAUUUGUUUGCACAAAUUGCAGUGGGAUACAUCGAGAGUUUACCCAUAGAGUCAAAUCUAUUUCAAUGGCUAAAUUUACUCCGGAAGAAGUUACAGCUCUUCAAGCAGGUGGUAAUGAGAGAGCAAAGCAUAUUUACUUAAAAGAGUGGGAUUCUUUACGCCAUUCUUACCCUGAUUCGUGUAAUAUACACAAACUUCGAGAUUUUAUCAAGCAUGUCUAUGUGGACAGAAAAUUUACCGGUGAAAGGAAUUAUUGCACUCUUCCUAGAGUUAGAUUGAAUGACAAGGAGGAUUCAUAUGAAAGUAGAAAGAAAAGUUUAUUUCGUUUAGAUUUCAAAAGUUCGCAUUCAAGUCCUGGUGCAAGAAGUGAUGACUUGAGUUUCAGAUAUUUAUAUGAUGAAAGCAAGAGUCCUAAAUAUGCACAAAAGUAUUCAAGGCGUGGAGGUUUAAGCAAAAGUCCUAUAAAAUUUGAGGUUGUUGAUGAUAGGCUCAAAGAUGAUGAAUUCAGAAAUCGUAGGCUAUCAAAUCUACAAUCAAAGCUAAGAGCCCUUUCACUUGAUAGUCAGAAGAAUGUUGAAAGAUCCCAACCACGCCCUGUGAGUAAUAUAAUGGGAGAAAAUUCUCCUUCUCCACAAGUCACACCUUCUGCUGGCACUGGUUCUGAAGAGAAAAAUUCAUCUGAGAAAGUAAUUAAUAAUACAGAAAGCACUAUUGAUUUGUGUUCCAAGUCUCAAGCUUCUGAAGAUGCUACUGGAGUUGAAACUGAAACACCACGUAUGUCACAGGAAAGUGGGAAUAAUUGGGCCUCAUUUGAAGCUUCUAAAGAGGACAAUGCUCCUAAAACUCCAAACACCAACACUACCCUGAAAUCACCUACAAUAGAAGCAAGACCUGAACCAAAAUUCACAAAUCCUUUAGACCUAUUACUUUUUGAAUUAACACCAACCACUACCACGGAGAUAGAACAAUCAUCUAAUGCAACCCCAACACAAGCUGAGACACAUGAUGCACAAGACUCCAUUGAAGAAGUUUCACAUGCUCAUACACCAUCAAGUAUGCAAUAUCUUCCUUCUGCAUCAGUAGAUUCUAGCCUUAUGACACAACCUACAAGUGCACCAGCCGAAGUUGUUGUAGAUAAACAUAAUCUGUCACCAAUUGUUCCGACUAAAGAUGACACUUUGUGUGAUUCUAUUGAACAAUCUUUUCAAACAACCCCAGAAUGUACUCAUGACACCAAAGUCAAUAUUGUUGGCUCCCAGCCCAGCAUAGUGGAAACAAGAUCUAUUGAAAGAAGGGAACUUCCAGAGGAUCUUUUUACUGCAAGCUACUUAUCUGGACCUGCACCACUUGCAGGUUGGCAUAAUGUUCAACCUCAAGGCAUGGGCAUGAGAUAUGGCAUGCAGUUUUAUCCUAGUGCAAUGCCUCCUUCAACACUUCCAUUUGCACCAAAGUCUACAAACCCGUUUGAAGCAUCCGAGGGGAGAGGUCUAAUCCAUGCUGCAUCAUUUCCUACUAUGGCUUCUUUGAAUGGUGCAAUGCCAACUGCAUCACCCGAAACUGGCCUAAUGCAUGUUUCUAGCCUUGGGUCUUUAAAUACAAUGGUGCCUUUGUCCACAAGUUAUGCAACACCCAUUCCUCCACAGACUCCCUUUGCAUCUGGAGCUCCUACUGCCUCAGGUGUGUAUUUUGAUCAAGAUAAUGGGGAGCAACCUAGAAGGUCACAAAGAAUUGAUAGCUUCAAUCGUGACAUAACUGGUUUUGGAUCUCUAGAUCCCAUUCAACAAUCAUCUGGGGAAUAUGUGACAUCAAGAACUCCAAAUUCUUUUUCCAAUACAAAGCGAAACCCAUUUGAAUAGUUUGCCUUAUUGUCAUGAUCUAAUGUAAAAAUUGUAUAGUCACCAUGAUCCUAAGCCAAGCUAAGUUUGUUUCUAGUUUAAUAUAAAUUUGAAAGAACAUGACCCAGACAUAAUCUAUAGUUCAUGUAGAAAACAUUACACACAAGCGAAUAUCAUAGGAUUUAUUACACUUGAGUUAUUCGAAUUCCUUGUAACUUGUUACAGUUCUUUCUACAAAAAAAUAUUACAAUUGAAAUGUCCUCUUUAUUCAUUGUGGAUAAGAAC